CUAUAGGCCGAGGAUUAGAUCUCACCUACCAGCUGGUGUCAAAAACCUGUCCCUUGAUGAUCUCUCGUAAGCACUGUGUUUUCCAGCAAAAUGCAGAAGGGCAGUGGACUGUCAAGGAUAACAAGAGUCUAAAUGGAGUCUGGCUUAAUAAACAGCGCCUGGAUCCCUUAAAAGCCUAUCCUAUAGCUGAAGGAGACCGUAUCCAGUUAGGAGUGCCUUUGGAAAACAGAGAGACUGCUGAAUAUGAGUAUGAAGUAAUCAAGGAGGAAUGGGAGAAAAUCAGACCCUUUCUAGCUCAAAGGAAUGACCUAGGGAAAACUAAGAGUUCAAGAACUAAACGUAAAUUUAGUUUGGAGGAAUCGGAGACAUCUGCAUCAGAAGGCCCUUCAGAUUCCAGAUCCAAAAGAGACAGAGUGUCCUGUGACAGUGAACUUCUGGGUAAAUCAUGGGGAAGGGCAGAACAGGCCAAACAGAUAACAGAGAAGAUGGAUGUCAAACUGUCUUCUCCCGGACCAAGUGAGGAGGAUAGUGGACCCGUGCACUCUGAAAAAGUUGCAUUUGUCACCUGUAAGGACCAGAAGAGCUCUGGUCUUGCACAGUCUUGGACUGGCUUGGAAAUGCUGAGGAAAACACUGGUAGAUAUAAUGAAGCUGAAAGUCAAAGUGCAGGAGAAGCAGACAGCAGUUUUGAAUGUGAAGCAGAAGCGCAGGAAAUGUGCUCAGAAGGAGAUCUUGGCAAUGGAACGGGAGCUGCAGGAGCUGCAGGACCAGUUAUACCUAGAACAAGAGCAGCAUCAGAAGCAGGUGGAAGAGCUGGAGAAGACGUUCUCUAAAGAGCAGCAGAAACUAGAGGGAGUAAAGUGGCAACAUGGGGAAGAGAAUCUGAAGGAACAACUGGCCCAGGUCCUGCAGGAGCAUCGUGCUUUGAUGGAAGAACUGAGCCGUAGUAAAAAAGACUUUGAGGAGAUAAUUCGAGCCAAGAAUAAAGAACUAGAAGAAACCAAGGAGGAGAAGGAAAAGGUGAGAGCUCAGAAGGAAGAGGUGUUGAAUCAGAUGAACGAUGUGUUGGAGAAUGAACUGCAGUGCACAAUCUGUUCUGAGCACUUCAUUGAGGCAGUCACUCUGAACUGUGCGCACAGCUUCUGCUCCUACUGUAUUAAUGAGUGGACGAAACGUAAAGUGGAGUGCCCUAUCUGCAGGCAAGAGAUUAAAUCGAAGACACGCUCUCUGGUGCUGGACAACUGCAUUGACAGGAUGGUAGAAAAACUGGAUGCGGAAAUGAAAGACCGUCGCCUUGCCCUUAUCAGAGAGCGGAAAGAGAAACGGAAUGUGUUGGUGAACCUAGCCACGGACAAUGACAACACUGUCAUUUCCUCCAUCUACUCCGUCUUGUCGACGAGGAGUUGUGACAAUGAGAACUCUGAGGAGGAUUCUUACCGUGAUGAUAGCUACUACAUUAUCUAAACAUUGCUACUGCAGACUGAUUUGCCUGCAUGCUGCCCAGAAUGAACGUAAUGGUGUUUGGUUUACUACUGCUGGAUGACUGGACUGGACAACUGGAAGCAGAGAUUCUGUAAGGAGGCUGGAGCUUAGAACUAGCAAGCACUUGCAAGAAGGAUCUUAUUUUUUUUAAAUGAAUGUACAGAAGCUUGAUCUCCAAAGCAAAAUUGGGAUUGCAGGAGAAAAAACUUGCGUCAUGCUAGGUGGCUGACGUGCAAAACGUAGGCUUCCGUGAUCAUUUGUGACCUACUCAGCUGGUAUAAUGUAUUAGUUUGUAUGUAUCACUGCCCUUUCCUGGGUGAAUGAACUGUUUAAAUGUGUGCAUCAUUUUUCCCGUAUUUCAGCCAGCAGAUGGAACGGCCCAGGUUAUUUGAGAACUUAGUCAUCUCCACCAGCAGACAGCAGAGGUAUACCAGAAAAAAGUGCCAUUGUGGGUUUUCCUCUUGAAUUUUGUAUGGCAGCUGGAGCUAUCCAGGCUUCCCUGGCAGUAGAGGUAAUAGUCCUUUUAAGGGGUAGUUAUGGACCCUGUCAGGCUUCAAUGCCUUGAAUGCAUUGUAAGCUGAGCUGCUGAGAAGUGAAAAUGAGAACGUUUCUCGCUUUCUGUUGGGUAGGGAUGGAGAAGAUUGCAUCAUCUAGAAGUUCCUAGCUAUUGCUAUUUUCAUCUAACAUCUUUAGUUUGUUCCCUCUUCAGACUUUUGCAUAAAGUGUUUUAGAAAUGGGAAGCAGCACAUCCAGAAAUUAUUAGCAAUGACUUUAGUUACACGUUUAGUUCUUGCCAGCCGCAGAGAGGAACCUCAGUCUCUUCAGAAGCGCUGCUUUUUGAAUUAAUGAAAUGUCCUGUUGAUAGGGUGGGAAAGCAGCGUUUGUAGGCAACCACAUGGCACAGAGGGGAGCGUUUUGUUUUAUUGUUUACAAAAUAUUGCUGUUGAGCUGUGGUGUAUACUACCCUCACAGCAAAUUGGUCAUGCCUAAGAGGCUGAGCAAGACUUGCCUCAUCCUGUCAAGGACUGCGUGCGAAGUUCCAUUUUCAGUGGCCUCUACUUCUGACUUAGGUGUUACGUGGAAAGGACCAUUUUGCCACUGCGAGAAAGGGAUGGGGGAAAACCCUUCUGAUCUGUAAUUUCUUUGGCCAUUUGUAUGUACUUUCUUGUUUUUAUGUUUCUCCUGUUUAAGGAAGAAAAUAUAAACCCAUUUCUGCAUUAGUCUUCCUUGGUGCAACCGCUGAGACAAACAUCUUUCUCCUAGUUAUCUUAGAAUUUUCAAGAGAACCCAGAUUGUCUCAUUUUAAUGGCUCUGUUUGUGUAAUGUUUUGAUUGCUCUAAGCAGUUUUAGUGUUUGACUGUUUUUAAUUUUGAAAGACUUACGUGUUCAGGAAUUGAUAAAAGACAUCCCAGGUCUUCAGCCCUGUGCUAGCAGUGGCCACUCUAACGGUAAUUUAGUAGAUAAAAUCACACCUCUUUAUCUCCUCCUUCUAAAGAAGGAUCUCCUUAAAAAGGCAGUGAGGUAAAUGAAGGAUGAUGCUGUCCUAAGCAAGUAGCGCGUUCUGAUAGCGUUCAUUUGCUUGUUUGAUUGGUAUGACUUAAACGAUGAAGAAAUAUCUGAUCUGUGGGCCAGGCAACUUUGUUAAAAUCUUAGUAUAAGGUUUCUCUUGUGGAGCAGCUAUUACACCUUGAGACUUCCUUUUCUCCUUUUAAUAUCUGUGUUCUAUAUGGGGUCUUGGAAGUUUCUGUUAGUGAAUAUAUGCUCUCUAGAAUAUCUGUGAGAAGAAGGUUCCACAAAAUGUUUGUGAAAUAUCCUGGCAUUGGUGUAAGGCCUUCCUGUUGAAGUGGAGUAGAAGGAAAAUACUCUGGUUACCUACAACUGCAAAUUCUUCUACUGUAUCUCUCUUCCAUGUUGCUGUGCUUUUUUUGCUUCUUUCAUUUUGCUAAAUAUAUUUAUUUUGUUAUGUCAGUGUUUAUAUGUACUGUAGAAAGGAAUAAUGCUUCUCCUAGUUAGAGUAGUCCUUCAGUGUGUGCCUGCUAAGUGUGUCGUCCCCUUUUCACUCGAAUAUAAAGAACAUAAGCAGCAUACUAAAACUUUUCCGCUGUUAUCAGAGGGUGCAUAGGGUGCAAAGCUCCAAGGAGAGAGGCUAAGUAGGAACGCUGCUUACUUGUCAUAGCAUUUCACUGACAAAAGCGGUCUUCCUCAGGAAGACUGUUACUGGACACAGAGCUGCUCACUAGACAUACAGAAAUGUCAGGUGAAGUUGCAGCUGUUGCCCUUCUGGACAUCCAUACCGCUCCUGCUGUGGUCUCCUGAGGUCUAAGGUCUGGGUCCUUUCUUCUGUUUACAGUUAAUGACUAGAACCUUGUAGGGUCUAAAACAAUUGUGCUAGCUGUUUGGCCCUAAAUCAGAUUUUCCCUCUUGGGGCAGACCAAAAGCAAAGGAAGAUCUGGAAAACAAAUAACGCAAUGUAACCAAGGACUGAAAAUGAGUUGAAUUGCAAGCUUUUAAUUGACUUCCAAGUUAAACACAGGGAACAUGGGGAAAGUGGGAAUGAGUCUAGGUUAUUCAAUUCCUUCAUACUCAGGGUGUGUGCUUAUGUGUGUAUGUAUGUAUGUGAAAUGAAGUAAGGCUAAAGGUAACAAGCAACCAUUCAGUCAGCACGUCUCUAGUCAGAGGAAGGUCAGAAAAAGAAUUUAUUUUCCAUUGAAUGGCAUAUCAGUAACCAGCAAAUGAGCUAAGAAAGCCAGUGCUGUUUUUAUCUAAAUCUUUAUCUAAAUCAAGAUUGAUUUUAAUCAAAUGGCUUAUACAAUGCUGGUGACCAGGGAGAAAAACAGUAGGCCACUGGCUAGAGUUUUGAAAGAAUGGAUUAGAGAGUACUUAGAUUAGAUGUUUUCAAAUAAUGAGGCAAGGUGAAAUCAAUCAUAGAAUACUUUGAGUGAUCUCAGAAUUUUUACAAUUCUCUGAGAAUCGGAGGACAGAUAAGGUACUAGAAUACUGAAAAUAGAUGCUGUACCUUUGAAAAGAAGGGAAAGGCAGAGAUGAAUUGUAGACCUGUGAGCUGAACUUGAGUUCUUUCUCCUACCCUCCAUAUCCACGCAUUAUUAAAAAAACUUUUUUAUAAGCACAUAGACAAGAUGAUGAAUGAUAAGAAUACUCCACUACUCUCUUUGUCAAGAACAAAACGUGCUAAAAUAAUAUUACUUUGAUGGAGAAGUUAGGAGAAACUGUAAGUACCUUAGCUUUUUGUAUACUUUUUGAUACUGUGUCUCAUAAGGAAGCUGUGUAAGGGUAAUCUAAGUGAGACUAAGGUCUGUUCAAAACCAACCACAAAUCAGUGGUGGUAAAAGGAUUUAAAGCGGAGAUGUGUCUUUCUCUUCCCUCCCCCCAUGUGGUUCACUGUGAACAAACACAUAAGUUUCUAUGCUUGUGUAGGAGCAGUCAAAUACAGACUGUGAACAAAUUUGCCAGAUAGCAGUUACGCAGAAAGGGAUGAGAAAGAGUGUUACAUUGACAAUAUGCUGCUGCUGUAAAAAAGUAGGUAUCUGUAUACAUAAAUGAGGAUAAGUUGUGUACUGUUGGGUGUUUCUUCUUGUCUGCUCAGCAUUGGUAAGACUGAGCAGCGGUAGUACUGUGCCUGAUCUUAAGGACUAUGUCUCGAAAUAGAUGUAGACCAACUGGCAAAACAACAACAGAUCUGAGGUUCAAGAAACAUCACCCCAUGUGAGAAGGAUUUAAGCAAUUCCAGUCGUCUUUCCAAAAAAAGGGGAAAACUGAAGAAGUCGUGAGUCUCCAAAUAAAUCAAAAGCUGUUUCAAAGAGGAAGGGACUAGGACAAGAAGUGAUGGAAUUUAAAGUCACAGUAAGGAGAUUUCCUGAAAGUGUUGUUUUUGGGGUUUUUUUUGUUGUUUUUUUUCCCUUCCCCCCCCAAAGCCUGUAUGAUCAGAUCAGGCAAACACCCA